GAAUCCUGAUCCCGUGCUUCCUCUCAGCAGAGAUGACUGACCUGUUUAUUCAAAUGAGAACCUUAAACAAACGAUUAAAGUGUAAUAUGGUACUAAAGCGGAAUCGCAGCAUCCCACUCAAACUAGCGCUCCGCCACAGCCUGCAGCUGCAUCCACGGUAAACAGAGCAAGGUAGCGCAUGGGCAGCCAGCAGGGAAUUAUUCCACAUCGCAUCACAUCCCUGAGCAUACAUGGCGCCCUCGCACACCGAGAUAUGAAUUUAGUGUGCAAGCGAACGAGGUAGUCGCGAUUUCCCCCUCUUUCUUUCUUUCUUUCUUCCCCCCUUUUUUUCACUUGCAGCCAUCAUUCUCUGCGUCGGUGUGCAGUAGCGGAGAAGAUUCAGCGCACAUUACUACAGUAGGUAUCAUCAUUUUUUCGGGAUCAAGACGAUGGAUGCGGGCUCUAUUGCUGCAAACACGGCGUGCGGGCUCGAUUUUUUAUUCCAAACGCAUCCACAUCUUCCGUAUGUUUCUAUGUGUCUUUGAAAGUGAGGAGGAGGAAAUGAGAAGAAAGCUUUAUUUUGACUCACGCCUGUCGCGAUGGAGGCAUCAUUAAGAAGACCAGUAAAUUCAAGAUCAAACACACUUCAUUCAGUCAUUAAGGAUCGUUAUUAUUCAGCCUAAGAGCAAAGAAGCAUCUUCUAGCUCCAUCCUGCAAUUUGUUUUCCUAUGAGCACCGAAUCACAGAGGAGGUUAAUCCAAGCUUCGAUCCGAUGUAGGAGCUGUUCCCUCAAAUUCCCACAACCUCUACUCUUGCUUGGAUUUCAGCAUUCAGUAAAAUCCGCCAGGACAGAGUAUGCCAUCUGCACCUUUUCACAGAAUUCUGCGACCCCUUCUGCUUGGUACUUUUAUACUGGGAUGCUUUGUGACUCUGUUUUUGAUGUAUUUUAAACCAUCUACAAGCUGGUUAUCAGGUCCUGUAGAGUCAACAGUAUCCACAGACCGGGUCAAGAACCUCUUCUCCACCAAGAGCGAUAAAAACGUGACCACUCUGCUGAUCUGGCUCUGGCCCUUCGGACAAACGUACGACCUGAGCGUCUGCAGCUCUCUCUUUAACAUUGAUGGCUGCUUCAUCACAGCAGACAGGAACUUCUACAAUAAGUCUGAUGGAGUCGUCAUCCAUCACCGGGACAUCAGCACUGACCUGUCCAAUCUGCCGCCGCUGCAGCGACCGUCGUUCCAGAAGUGGAUAUGGAUGAACUUUGAGUCGCCAUCCCAUUCGUCCCAGCUGCCUGGGAUAGAGAACCUGUUUAAUCUGACUCUCAAUUACCGUCAGGAUGCUGACAUUGAAGUGCCUUAUGGGUCCAUCGUAGCAGCAGAAGGGGAAGAGGAUUUUGUACCACCCAGCAAAAACAAGCUGAUUUGCUGGAUUGUAAGCAACUGGAACCAGGAUCACGUGCGGGUGAAAUAUUAUAAUGAACUCUACAAACACAUUGAGGUUCAUGCAUAUGGACAGGCCUUUGGGGAGUACAUCUCUGACCAAGACUACUUCCCCACCAUCGCCAGCUGCAAGUUCUAUCUGGCGUUUGAGAACUCCAUCCACAAAGAUUACAUUACUGAGAAACUGUACAACCCACUCUCAGUGGGGACAGUGCCAGUGGUUCUCGGCCCACCCAGGCAGAAUUACGAGAACUUUAUCCAGGGAGACUCCUUCAUUCAUGUUGACGACUUCAGCUCGCCCAAGGAAUUGGCUGAUUACCUGCUGCUCCUGGACAAAAAUGAGGAAAUGUACCUAAGGUACUUUGAGUGGCGGCGACACUUUAAAGUAAAGAAGGCUUAUUUUUGGGCAGAGCACACAUGCCUGGCUUGUGAUUACUUGCGAAGGCACAAGGAAUACAAGGCAUUCAAUAGCCUUGAUAAGUGGUACUGGGGCGGUUAGAGAUUUGAAGGGCUGUGUGUGAGGGGCUAAGCAGCCAAGAACACAGGUAAAAAAUUUCUUCAAAAAGGGUUUUCUUUAUUUUAACCCUCAAAAAGUUCAAAAAAGACUAAAUUCAAAAACAUAAGUAGCAAGCCCAUAAAAGAGGUCAACUAAAUGUAACUCUACAAAAAGUAAUUUUCACAAGCUUAAACAAACAAAGUGGACAUAACUUAACUCACAAACCACCCUAAUUACAAAGACACAAGAGAGUAGCUUUUAUAGUGGUUUGGCCAUUUACACACAA